UACGCUUGGUUGAGGAAGACAUAUUCGCUGUGCUAUAUAAUUCGAAGGAGAAGGCUUUUGAGAACAGAUGACCAAUAAAUGAAAAACCCCUGUCGAAAUACAGUCAAUCUAAGGAAAACCACUGUGAACCUGCUUCAGCAGCUAUCAUCAAAUACCAGUUAAAAUGGGGAGCAGUGGGGAGGAGGGCAAGCUGCAUUGGAGGCUGUCCCGACUGGGGAGCAGGGGAUCACUGAGGGAGCCCCCAAAACACCCUGUCCAGGCCACUAAACCACCUGCCCCAGCCAACAAACCCCCUGAACUUACCCCAAAACCCCCUGUCCAGACCCCCAAACCUAGCAAUAGGCUUUUCAACAGCACAGAACAUGGAUCUGCCAUACUGCAGGGGUUUGAACGCUUCCGUUCUGAUGAAGCCCUGUGUGACGUUACUCUGGUACCUGGUGACAGUGAUGAAGCCUUCCCUGUACAUAGAGUCAUUAUGGCUUCUUCGAGCGACUACUUCAAAGCCAUGUUCACAGGUGGAAUGAAAGAGCAGGAACUGAAGGUGAUUAAGCUGCAUGGUGUGAGUGAGACAGGCCUGAGAAACAUCAUAGAGUUCAUCUACACCUCCCGUGUCACGAUUAGCCUAGCCUCCUUACAGGACACCCUGGAAGCCGCCAGCUUCCUGCAAGUGUUUCCUGUCCUGGGCUUCUGCAAGGAGCUGCUGAGCAGUGAGGUCACUAUUGACAAUUGCGUGGAGGUGGGGCGCAUUGCCAGUGACCUUCUCCUGGAGGAGGUGCAGACCUACGUCAACGAGUUCGUCUGUCAGAACUUCGCCCAGCUGGUGAAGAGCGAGAAGUACCUGGAGCUGUCUGAGUCCAGCAUGGCGCACGCCCUGGUCAGCAACAGCCUCAAGGGCUUCACCGAGAUGGAGCUGUUCCGGGUGGCUCGGGCCUGGCUGGAGCACGACCCGACCGCCCGCCACCCGCACACCUACGCCCUGAUGAAGUGCAUCCGCUUCCCGCUGAUGAGCCCCGCCGAGCUGCUGCAGAUCUCCCAGGAGGACGACGGCAUGCUGCGGGGCGACACAGCCUGCGUCAACCUCCUGCUGGAGGCCAGCAACUACCAGAUGAUGCCCUUCCUGCAGCCCGCCCUGCAGACGGAGCGCACACAGAUCCGCUCCAGCUCCACCCACCUACUGGCGCUGGGCGGGGUCAUGCGGCAGCAGCUGGUGGUCAGCCGGGAGCUGCGCCUGUACGACGAGGAGGCCUGUGCCUGGAAGGCCCUGCAGCCCAUGGACGUGCCCCGCUACCAGCAUGGCGUGGCCCUGGUGGGCAACUUCCUCUACAUAGUGGGCGGACAGAGCAACUACGACACCAAGGGCAAGACGGCGGUGGACAGCGUGUACCGCUACGACCCGCGCUUCGACAGGUGGCUCCAGGUGGCCUCGCUCAACGAGAAGAGGACGUUCUUCCACCUCAGCGCCCUGAAAGGGAAGCUGUACGCCGUUGGGGGCAGGAACUCCUCAGGGGAGAUUGACACGGUGGAGUGCUACAACUUCAGUAAGAAUGAGUGGACAUUCAUGUCACCAAUGACAGAGCCGCACUACGGGCACGCAGGAACAGUGCAUGGGGACCUGAUGUAUGUGUCAGGGGGGAUAACACGGGACACCUUUCAGAAGGAGCUGUCAUGCUACGACCCUGACACAGACACCUGGAGCCGCAGAGCAGACAUGACCACGCUCCGCGGCCUGCACUGCAUGUGCACGGUCGGGGACCACCUCUACGUCAUGGGCGGUAACCACUUCCGCGGGGCCAACGACUACGACGACGUGCUGAGCUGCGAGUACUACAGCCCCGACACCGACCAGUGGACUGCCGUGGCGCCCAUGCCCCGGGGCCAGAGCGACGUGGGCGUGGCCGUGUUCCAGGGCAAGAUCUACGUGGUGGGCGGCUACUCGUGGAACAGCCGCUGCAUGGUGGACAUUGUGCAGCGCUAUGACCCCGAGCGGGACGAGUGGGAGAAGGUGUUCAACGUGCUGGAGCCGCUGGGUGGGAUCCGCGCCUGCACUAUGACGGUCCAUCCCCCAGAGAGCUCUGUGGAGACGCAGACCCAGGAGUGCCCACUCUCCAGCCCCAAGAGCUGAAGGAGAGAGGAGAGCCAUUCAAAUUCAGGGACCAUUGUUUGAAUCCAUCUAAAUGACACAUUCUCAAACUGAUUCCUUUCCACAAACCCAGCUUGGCUUUUUGUAUGUGCCUUGCAUUCCAGUUUAUUGGGUCUAAACUGCUGUUGGAGUGCUGCUGACCCUGGAACAUGUUCAGAGUGCAACUUCUACAAAACCACCUGCACCCGCCUACCCUCCAUGUGUUUCCAUAAAGAUGUGAGCAUAGCCACUCCCAUCUUCACAUGUGUGUUUGUUUUACAGCAUAGAAUUGAGGAGGACAUUUUUAUGCCUUUCAUAUUCCUCUUAUUGCAAGAGCAUAACAAAAAGAUCACAGCUAUAGUGGAACAGGCAUACAGAGGUAAAUGUUUCCAUAUGUUUUGUUGUUUUCUAGGGUGAAUUUUUGAUGAUAUGUGAAGACUGUACUACCUAGCUAUUUUUGU